UUGGGGUAUUUUGUCGAGUGGGAGUACCAUUGCUGCAGCACUUCCUGUGUUCAGGGUUCGUGGACUAUAUGUCAGACUCAGACUGUGAGUACUGUACACACUGAGGGUUAAUGACCCUGUGGAUGUACUGUGGCUCUCCCCUCGAGUAACUUGGAAAGGAAAAGAACUAUAUCUCAUCGUGUGGUGGCUUUCUAGUCCUCGAUGUCCAUCUGAAACCUGAUACAUCUGCACUAAUACCAUUCUGCUCCUGACCAUCAAUAUCUUCAUCAUUCUCUUCAUCAUCAGCAGCAGUCAUGAUCUCUCGUUCUCUCCUGCUGGUUCUGCUGGUUCUCGCCUGCCUUCAGUCCUUCACAAAGGCCCAGGAGGGAACUGAAGUAGAUCAGUGCUGUUUCAGCUUUCAGACACGACCAAUCCCUGUAAGAGUCAUUACAGCUUAUGCAGUAACAGAUAUUCGGUGUCGAAAACCUGGAGUCAUCUUUACUCUACAGGACGGUCGUCGUUUUUGUGCAGAUCCCAGCUUCAAGUGGGUGAAGCAUCACAUGGACAGAAUUGAGGAGCGUCUGUUUAACAGUCUGAACAAACCUACAGAGAGUUCAAAUCCUUAAAGAGUUUAAAUCCUCUCUCCAUUAAUAAGUAAUGAAUAAUUAUUUUAUAAAAUGGACUUUUUACAUAAUCAGACAGGAGAAACAAAGCUUUUAGUUAUAAACUUAAAUAUAAUCUGAUUUAUUCUACAGACUGUUAACAUGAAUUCAUUUACUUUUUAUUUACAUUUCUCUGCUUUAAAAGAAAAUCAUGUUGGUUACAUUUAAACAUUUAACAAGUUUAUGUACAACAUUAAUAUAUUAAUAUAUGUAACAUACACA